AUGAAGCGGCAGAGCGAGCGCGACUCGAGCCCGGGGGCCCGCGGGGCGUCGUCGUCGUCAUCGUCGGCGAAGCGGCCCCGGGAGCGGGAGCGGGAACGGGAUCGGGAUCGGGAGCGCGGGGAGCGGGAGCGGGGCGAGCGCGGGGAGCGGGAACGCGGCGAACGCGGGGAGCGCGAGCGGGAGCGCGGGGAGCCCGACUCGAGCGGCGGCGGCGGCGGGAGCCGGCGGGCCGCGCACAAGAGCUCCGGCUCCGGCUCCGGCUCCGGCUCCGGCCCCGCCAAGCACCAGGCCCCGGCCCGCGCCCGCGACAAGCCCCGCGGCGGCAGCGGCAGCAGCAGCCACCGCGACGGCCGAGGCUCCGGGGACUCCAACCACCGCGCGGGGGGCGGCGGCGGUGGCCGCUCGGGCGGCGGCGGCGGCGGCGGCGGCCGCGCCAAAGCCGGCGGCGAGUCCGGCUCCGCAUCCGCCUCGUCCCCCGGGGCGUCCCCGCUCCUGUUGCUGCCGCCGCUCCCCGAGCCGCCCGUGCCCGCGCCCGCCCCGCCGCCGCCGCCCGCGCCCGCCCCGCCGCCGCCGCCGCCCGAGUACAAGACGCUGCUCAUCAGCAGCCUGAGCCCCGCGCUGCCGGCCGAGCACCUGGAGGACCGCCUCUUCCACCAGUUCAAGCGCUUCGGCGAGAUCAGCCUGCGCCUGUCGCACACCCCCGAGCUGGGCAGGGUGGCCUACGUGAACUUCCGACACCCGCAGGAUGCCCGCGAUGCCCGGCACCACGCCCGCGCGCGCCAGCUCCUGCUCUACGACCGCCCGCUCAAGGUGGAGCCCGUGUACCUGCGGGGCAGCAGCAGCAGCAGCCGGCGAAGCAGCAGCAGCAGCGCCGGGGCCGCCGCCACCACGCCGCCGCCCGGGCCCCCUCCCCCCGCCGACCCCCUGGGCUACCUGCCCCUGCACGGCGGCUACCAGUACAAGCAGCGCUCCCUGUCCCCCGUGGGUGCGCCCCCGCUCCGGGAGCCCAGGGCCCGGCACGCGGCCGCAGCUGCUGCCUUUGCCCUGGACGCUGCUGCGGCAGCCGCAGCUGUGGGCCUCUCCCGGGACCGGGCCCUGGACUACUACGGCCUGUAUGAUGAUCGAGGCCGGCCCUACGGCUACCCGGCUGUGUGUGAGGAGGACCUGAUGCCCGAGGACGACCAGCGGGCCACCCGCAACCUGUUUAUUGGCAACCUGGAUCACAGCGUGUCCGAGGUGGAGCUGAGGAGGGCCUUCGAGAAAUACGGUAUCAUUGAGGAGGUGGUGAUCAAAAGGCCCGCCAGGGGCCAAGGGGGAGCUUAUGCCUUCCUCAAGUUCCAGAACCUAGACAUGGCUCACCGGGCCAAGGUGGCCAUGUCAGGGAGGGUGGUGGGGCGCAACCCUAUUAAGAUUGGCUAUGGCAAAGCCAACCCCACCACUCGGCUGUGGGUGGGAGGCCUGGGACCCAAUACCUCUUUGGCUGCCCUGGCCCGGGAGUUUGACCGCUUUGGAAGCAUUCGAACUAUUGACCAUGUCAAAGGAGACAGCUUUGCCUAUAUCCAGUAUGAAAGCUUGGAUGCAGCCCAGGCUGCCUGUGUCCAGAUGAGGGGCUUUCCUUUGGGGGGGCCAGAGAGGAGGCUCAGGGUGGAUUUUGCCAAAGCUGAGGAAACCAGAUAUCCCCAACAGUGCCAGGCUACACCACUUCCGGUGCAUUAUGAGUUACUCCCUGAGGGGUACACCAGGCACCGAAAUCUGGAGGCUGACUUGAGGGUCCGAGACAGGACUCCCCCCCAUCUCCUCUAUUCAGACCGGGAUAGAAGCUUUGUGGAGAGUGACUGGGCCAGUCCCUCCAAAAGCACAGACCGGAGAAACAGCUUGGAAAGCUACAGCCGUUCUGUGCGCAGCCGCAGUGGGGAGAGAUGGGGCAGUGAUGGGGACCGAGGCCUGUCUAAGCCCUGGGAAGAAAGGCGAAAGAGGAGGAGCUUAUCCAGUGAUCAUGGCCGGACUACCCACUCACCUUACGAGGAGAGAGGCAGAACCAAAGUCAGUGGGCUGCCCUCAGAUCGAAGCCCAGAGAGGCUCCGAAGAGAGAACCAUAAUAGUGAGUCAGGAGCAGAGAAGGAGCCGAGCAAUUCCCUGCCCAACAACCGACAUGGGGCAGAAGAGAGAGGUCCAGACUCUCACCAGGUGAAAAAGAGAGACAGCGAACGCAAUCAUCGAACCAGCGAGCUAGAGUCGAAACCCAUCGAAGAGCCAAAACCCGAGACCAAAAAGCUAAAGAGUCUGUCUGAGUAUGCUCAGACCCUACAGCUGGGCUGGAAUGGGCUUCUGGUGUUGAAAAAUAGUUGCUUCCCCACUUGUAUGCACAUUCUAGAGGGGGACCUGGGAGUGAUCAGUGGCCUCCUCAAAGACCACGCUUCAGGGAGCAAGCUGACCCAGCUCAAGAUUGCCCAAAGACUUCGACUUGACCAGCCCAAACUGGAUGAGGUCACUCGGAGAAUCAAGCAGGGAAGCCCCAAUGGUUAUGUGGUGCUUCUGGCCACUCAAGCUUCUCCAGGAGGGCCUGGAGCAGAGGGGACCCACACUGUGGAGCCAGGUUUGCAGCGGAGGCUUCUCAGGAAUCUGGUCUCAUACUUGAAACAGAAGCAGGCUGCUGGGGUGAUCAGCUUGCCAGUGGGAGGGACCAAGGGCAGAGACAACACAGGCAUGCUCUAUGCCUUCCCUCCCUGUGAAUUCUCCCAGCAGUACCUCCAGUCUGCUCUAAGGACAUUGGGGAAGUUAGAAGAAGAGCAUAUGGUGAUAGUUAUAGUAAGAGACACUGCCUAGCCAAAACCUGGCUUUUCCCAAUCUUGUGUUUUCUUUGUGUCAUGAAAACAGUUAUUUUUAAAGCCAAUUCUGCUCUUGGGUUGGCUUUUCUGCCCAGUUAUUAUGGUUGGUUUGGUGAAGGCCAAAGCCCCCCUCCACCAAAACUCAGUUUUUUUUUAAUGCCCAUUUGAAGGUAUUCCCAUUUUAUUGAUUUCUAAUGUAUGAAACACUUUCCAGUGUGUUCUGUAUUUUAUUUUUUAACUAACUGUAUGGAAAGUUGUCAGUAAAGCCUUUGUCCAAGGAUCAAUUUUUAACCCUGUGCAGUGUACUGGUUUAAUGAAGUCCCCUUUAAAAUAAUGGAGCAUGUGGCACUUCCCUUGCCCUCUAGGGUUUUCCCCCUACUUGCACAGAUAUCCUUUUCACACACACACACACACACACACACACACACACACUCUCUUCUAGGUAUCAUGACUAGCUUAAGAGCAUGCAGAAUCCAGCACUGAAACUUAUUUAUCUUGUCUACAGGAAAACCUGUAUACUCUGGGCCCUUCUCCCUAGAACAUUUACAAAGACCUGGGUGUGUCUUAACCACUAACACAAUAAGCUGCUGCUCCUUCCCCUAUCUAGUCUGCUUUAAGAGAAUGCGGCUGUCAUUCUGAUGUACUUUCAGAUGUUGUAUAAGCUGCCUCAUUUCACGACCUCGAAGAAAGCAGGUGAUGCUUUUUACGUAGAAAUGUUAGCAACCCUCAAAAGCUGGUGGUGACACACUUAUUCUCCUGUCAUCUGUGCCUGGGGGAAGUAGGGAGAGAGUUCUUCAGGUGGCAUAUUGUCAUGUUCAGGCUACCUUUCAAACUAGAACAACAUGAGGACAUAUCAGCAUCCUUGGUUACUUUUGCUUUGGGGGCAGACUGGGCUGUGGAAUCAGAAUGUAGCUGUUUGGUUUAUGUAAGGGGGUGUGAACUGCGGGGAUUAGCAAACCUUCCCAAGGAAUUCUUGAGCUACAGGUCCAGGGGAAAAGCAAAAAACUUUUAAAAUCAGUUUGUGUAUCCAUUUGCUUGUCUGGCCAAAGACUUGCCAGGCUUACAGUAAGCUUCUGCUAAGCCACAGAUAGAGCAGGGAGGAUGGAGCUUAAAACCCCUCCCGAGUUGCUGAGCUACGGAGGUGCAGGUUUUCCCAGGGGUAAAGAGUACAGGGGGAUGGAAAGUAUCUUAAGUUCUAGCUCAAACCUCUAGCAAUUCUGGAGCCAUUGGGAAGCAAGCAUUUAGUAAACUUUCCAUUGUGUAGGACUGAACCAUAACUGAAACUAACCAAGUCAACUGGCAACACUAAUAGACCUGCAGGGUACCUGAGCCAUGUACCAAACACCAAGACACACAAACACCUGCCUUCUGGCAACUUUUACUCCAGACCUGAGGCAGCAGGAACUGAGCAAUCAAUGACUGGGAGGGGGGAUAUCUGAACUUUUUAGUCAGUAAGUCUGUGAUUAAAUAUUCUCUUGAAAGCA